UAGGGAAUGCAUCUUGGUUAAAUAAAGUCCCAAACACCCUCUAUCAUCAACACAGCCUCUUGGAAACGAGGCGCAUGCCAUGCUCUUGUGGCGAGUGCGCGGCACGGUUGUAGAUAGUAUGUGAGCACUAAGCUUUUGUCUCAAGAUGCAUUCCGUAUUGUGGCUUCAAUCCAGCCUCCCAACCUGGCUUUAUCAAUACUUGUCGCUUAAACCAACACUUAUACGCACAACUGGCAUCCAUCAUACUACACCCUAUACGAUGACACUGGCUCGCCCUGUCUCCAUCCCCGAAACGCUGGUCGAAGGCUCAUACACAAUAUAUAAGAUCCACACGAAGCUUCCGUUGCGAAACAUCAUCCUGGAAAAACGAUACUCCGAAUUUGCCAGUCUCCGAGCCCAGCUCGAGGACGAAGCUUCCAGUCCCAUCCCGUACAGACUCCCGCCCAAGACUUUGCUUGGCUUCAGGAAGAGCACUGACCGUGUGACGGCGGAGCGGCAGGUGAGUCUCGCCAAUUGGUUGAACGAGUUGUGGAACGACGCGCGCUACUGCAAUUUGAAAGGAUUCAAAGAUUUUUUGAAACUCCCCGCGACGUUUGACCCUACGAAACAGAAGCCCAAUGCGUUUGUUAGCAAGGGUGCGGUUUCGCUAGGCUUGUUGAAGGAGGUGGACCCAAAAAGUGUGACCCCGGAAGCCUGGUUGUUGCAGCUCCGCGACUUGAAAAAGUUGGUGUAUGACGCUAAAACAGCCCUGCACGCCGGGGAGACCAUCGAGGCCCGCCGGUUGGACUUGUUGGUGGCCAAGAACAUGAAGCUUUUGGAUGCUUCGCUAGCGUACAUUGACGCGGAGUCGAAGCUUUCAAAAAGUGAGAUAAGCAGACGGUGGGGGCUUCUUCGUGGCGUGGAGAAGGAUAGGGUGAUAGCUGAAGAUAGUCAGCCACGGCAGGAGCUCUUUGGGACUUCCAGGCGCAUCCUUGGAGGCCCGUCUCUGUUCCGUCCCGAGGAGACCGCACAGACGUUGCCACACAAUAACCAGACGUUACUACAGGUGCACAAACAGGUGAUGUCCGAACAGGAUCUGGAAUUAAAGUCUUUGCAGACGCUUGUGUCCAAGCAGAAGCACAUGGCGGUGGCUAUCAACGAGGAGAUUGCACAGCAGAACGAGCUUUUGGAUGAGUUGGACGAAGGGUUGGACACCACAGAAAAAAAGUUAAAGUAUGCCAGAAAGAAGACCGGGCAGAUUCUCAAUUAAAGCCACAAUUACUCUUGUGUGAAGAGGUUCAACGUGCACAGAAGGUGAAUAUUAGGGGUAAAACUGUGGAAGCAGUCUUGGGCUUUAUGUAUGUCCAUGUCCAAGACAAGCAAAUCCUUUAUGUGAAAGGGAUAUAUGAAUUACUCUAUUUCUAAGGCUCUAAAUAAAGGUCCGGAAAAGGUCUGCUAGGCCACCAAAGAUGCAAAGCAUAUUUAAAUACAAACCAGUACUGAAUUCUACUAAUAAGUUUUGGAAUAGCUCAAGGGACUGGUAACUUGAACAGUGCCUGAAAUAUCUUACCAAGGGGAGUCUCACACUAUCGGUCAGAGACCACUCACAUCCCUAGUUAGGGAGUAACGCUUCGAUAAACGCUGUUACCUGGCGGCUGCUA